AUGACCCAAUCCGGAUCCCUUGCAGACCACGCCCUCUCACCCAAGAACUUCCACAUCUUCGGUAGCGGGAUCUCGUUCAGUAUUUCACCGACCAUUCACAACGCCGGAUUCACGCAUCAUGAUCUGCCAUACAAAUACGACAUCAGAGAGUCUUCACACAUCGAUGGAGUUGCUCAUUUGAUCCUGGACAAGCAAUUUGGCGGCGCUAGCGUCACGAUGCCCCAUAAGCUGCAAGUCCACAAGUUAUGCACCGGCCAGACUGAGACCGCUCGUUUGAUCGGAGCAAUCAACACUCUCAUUGUCAAGGGAACUGGCAAUGAGCGGCAUAUUGUUGGCGAUAAUACCGACUGGUCCGGACUGCACAGAAUCAUGACGGAUUACGCGGCGAGAACGGCUCAACGAUCGGAUAUUGGCCUUGUGAUUGGUGCGGGAGGUGCUUCACGGGCAGCAUUAUAUGCUAUGCACACAUCAGGCCUUCGGUCUAUCUAUCUGGUUAAUCGAACUCUUGCCACUGCGGAGAAAGUCAAGGAAGAUUUCAAGGAUGUCUUCGAGAUCAGAGUCAUCAAGAGUCUUGACGCACUUCCUGAACACCCGGACGUGAUCGUGGGCACUGUUCCCGCCGAGACCACCACUGAAGAUCAAUUUUCCGCCAUCUUUGGAUCAAGGGGUAUUUGCAUUGAUAUGUCAUAUAAACCGAGGCAGACGCCACUACUGAGUGUGGCACAGAGACAUGAGGGAUGGGAUACGGUGACUGGGGUAGAAGUUUUGCUUGCUCAGGCAUAUGAUCAGUUCUAUCUCUGGACGGGCUGUGAGCCACCAAGGGAGAAAAUGAUUGAGGCGGUUUCUAAGUAUGAGCAAGAGAAGGCGAGGGGAGGAAACAAGAAAGGGAUGCUCUGA